AUGGGCGACAUCAUCACGCAUCAUCGCAGUCUAUCCAAAGGGAUGCACCGAAACGCCUUUGUCUUCGAAUCAUGCCAUCUGCGAGUCCAUGACCGUAGGACUCGGCCAUGUCAGCACCAUUUGGCUUUUCAGCAUGUGAGGUCGUAUCACAUUACUAACUACAUGAGCUCAAAAGGAGGAAGUGAGGACGUCCUCUCCAGUCCUGCUUCACGCGAGUAUCACGAAACGCACAUCAUCUCAUCUCAGAUGGUGCUUUUGAGAGUGAUCGCCCUUGCGGGCAUUGCUGCUCUGUCUUCUGCGUCGGACGGAGAUUUGGGUACAACACUCUCGACAAAGUACGUCGAACAUUCUCCUGGCGCCGAAACGACUUAUUCGACUAGCUGGCGUAUCAAGAACGCUCCUACCACAACUAAACUUGACGGAGACGACGAUGGCUGGACUGUCGUUUCUGAAACGGAGUCUAUAGUGACAGAGACGUCCACGGCGAAUGGCACUAUCGACUCCCGUCCGAAUAAUGCUAUGCUUGCACAUCGAAUGGCGAUGGUUGCCGCCGCGACAUGGGGCAGAUUCCCUACUAAGCCGGACGAUGAGACCGAGGCCUGUGCCAAUGGUACCACUGCCGACCAUGUUGGCAGAUACAACAACUCGACUGUCAAUUGCACUGCCUUAAUGUUUGGCGACAGAUGGCACGGAUGGGAGUGUGACGAGGCCUGCCGAGUCACACUCGCAGACGCCCUGCCAGCAGCAAUUCUAUCGGUCGUCGGACCAGAUCAAGCCAGCUCGGACGCGGUUCAGCGGUCCAUCAGAGACACCCGGGAACUGUUCGGACGACCUAUCAGUUUCUUGCGUCUUGCACGAUUCUCUAAUCUACUACGCCAGGCAGAACACUAUCUUGGUGUGCUCUUCCGCGAGGGAGUAGCCGAUAUAGAAAGCUUCAACACCAAUCUGUGGGACCACAUACGCACCCAAAUCGAGAGGAUUGCUGCCGGCUUCCACCUAAACCCUGCCGCAACAAACCAAGUCACAUAUACUAUCUGGGAGUUCCAGUUCCACCUCCAGGCAUGGUUCGAUGUCGCAUUCGAGCCAGCUCCUGACCCCCUUACACCAGAAUACUUUGAUACGAUAGAGGAAUACGAGCAAUACAUACGCCGACUCUUGGAAAGGCGAACGCUUCUGAGACAUACGCUGGACACUGUUACCGCUGACGAAACCGAACCGCUGCUCGAAGAGUUAUACCGAGCACAGCCUGAUUUACCUGAGGAAUUGGCCGAGAGGUUGUAUCGGGAAAUCGCGCCUCCGCAAUAUGAUCCUGAUGGUCGCCCUCCGGUGUACGAAGACCCGCCUGCUUAUGAAGCCAGGCGAUACCGUGCUGAACAGGAUCUUUAUGAUUCAAUGAGCCGGCUUGCAGAGUUCCCUCCAAUCCUAGAGGAGUAUGUAAGGUUUGGAAGACAUGACUCGUGGCCAACUCCUGCUCCCGUCACCAAUAUCCCUGGCACGACAAUGCCUGUCUCACCAACGGUAGCACCUACCAUUAUGCCAACUGAACUUCCUGCCCCACCACCAGGUACACCUGAGACGAGCAGGAUUGACCUGGCUGAAGACGGCAUGCUCACCAUCGCCGGCAGCGGUGCCUGGGCCAUCGCCGCCGAGAUUUCUCUCACCCUCUUCAACCACCUCACUACUUGCACACCUAUAGACCUGGCAACUUGGACCUUCAUCCCUCGCGCUACAUCCUUCCUAGCCCAUGGCAGAGUCGCCUCUUGGAAUGGACACGGUGUAGAACAGUGUUUCGCAAGAGAAAUUUCUGGACUCGGUGGCCCUUCAGCAGAAAGUGUUGUCACUCAAGGCUUCAAAGAGUACGAGUUGAAACUUGAGCUGGAGAUCAAUCCUAAUAAGCCUGUUGACAAAGGAGCACCUAACAAGGGACCACCUGAAGAGGAAUCACCUGGCAAAGGCAAAGACAAAGUCAAAGACAAAGGCAAAGAUAAAAGCAAGGGCAAGAGCAAGAGCAAAAGUAAAGACAAGAGCAAGAGCAAAGGCAAAGGACCACCCAGUGAGAUUCCACCUAAAGGCGGAAAGAAGUUGAAAAAAUGUACUUUGUGGAUGAUACUGCUAGGUUGGCCACUUUUUGGGUUGUGUUGUCCAUAA